AUGCCCGCCCAGGAGUCCAAGCCCGUUGACCCCGCGACCCACGAGGCUGACGAGGCUCUCGAGACCAUCGCCGACGCCAAGGCCAACCAGCCCGAGGUCGAGUCGGACGAUGACGACGACGCUGCCGAAGACGAGACCCCCGCCGCCGAGGCCGGCGCCAGCGCGAGCGCGAGCAAGAAGAAGAAGAAGUCGAAGCGCAAGAAGAUCAAGGAUGCCCUCACCGGGAACAAGUCCUCGUCCGCCGACCCCGAGCGGGACAUCAAGAAGGCCAUCGGCGGUCUGACCCCGCAGCAGGUCCAGGAGCUCAUGGCCCUGAACCCUGCGCUCGCCCAGGAGCUCGGCUCGGCCGCCGGCGCCGGGUCGACGCCCGAGCAGCAGGCCGCCGCGCUGCAAAAGCUCAACUUGCAGGACAUCAUGACGGGUCUGGCGUCGAGCGGCAAGAACGUCAAGGACAUGGCCAGCUACAAGUUCUGGGGCACCCAGCCCGUGCCCAGGUUUGGCGAGAACGAGGGGCAGGUUGAGGAGGGCCCCCUGAAGCUCCAGAAGGUCGAGGACGUGCCCAAGGAGCCGCCCACGAUGAUCGCCGGGUUUGAGUGGGUGACGAUGGACCUGGAGAACGACGACGAGAUGAAGGAGGUGUAUGAGCUGUUGAACGGCCACUACGUCGAGGACGACGAGGCCAUGUUCCGCUUCAACUACUCCACCUCCAUCCUCAAAUGGGCGUUGAUGGCGCCCGGCUGGCGCAAGGAGUGGCACGUUGGCGUCCGCGCGUCGCAGUCCCGCAAGCUCGUCGCUUUCAUCUCCGCCAUCCCCGUCAACCUGCGCGUGCGCAAGAACAACAUUCUCUGCUCCGAGGUCAACUUCAUCUGCGUGCACAAGAAGCUCCGCGGCAAGCGUCUCGCGCCCGUCCUCAUCAAGGAGAUCACGAGGCGCAGCAACGAGCGCGAGAUCUGGCAGGGCCUGUACACGGCCGGCGUCGUUCUGCCGACCCCCGUCAGCACGUGCCGCUACUACCACCGCGCGAUCAACUGGCAGAAGCUGUAUGAGGUCGGCUUCAGCCCCCUGCCGCCCAAGCAAGCGCAGUACCAGAAUUCGCAACGCUACAUGGGACGCUACGAUCUGUGGCCCGAGUUUGAUCGCGAGGAGUUUGUCCACUGGUUCAUCCCCAAGAAGGAGGCGGCCAAGGAGCAGGUCAUCUGGACCUACGUCGUCGAGGACGAAAACAAGGAGAUCACCGACAUCUUCUCUUUUUACUGCCUCGAGUCGUCCGUCAUCGGCAACACCAAGCACCAGAACGUCCGCGCCGCCUACAUGUUCUACUACGCCAGCAAGGUCGGCCUCGCCGAGCCCUUUGACAAGGACGCCCUCAAGGUCCGCCUCAACUCGCUCGCCGCCGACGCUCUCGUCCUCGCCAAGAGGUUCAAGUUUGACGUCUUCAACGCUCUGUCCAUCAUGGACAACGGUCUCUUCCUCGAGCAGCAAAAGUUCGGACCCGGCGACGGACAGCUCCACUUCUACCUCUUCAACUACCGCGCCAACCCUAUCAAGGGCGGCGUCGACGCCAGGAACCGUCUCGAUGAGGACGGCCUCAGCGGCAUCGGCCUGGCAAUGCUGUAG